UGGCUCAGACAGCCCGGGGCAGGAGCACCAACACUGAUACAAUGUUAAUGGAAACAGAUUCAGCGGGUCUAUCAAUCGAGAGCGAUCGUACUAUAGGCCAGCAUACAGCAGUCCCUCCUCAGAGAGACAAGUUAGUCCAGAUAAACUCGGGUGCUCCUGCCCCGGGAUUGUCUUUGGCAACUGCUACGAUGAGAAGAAAGAGCGAUGAACCUGAUGAACCUGAAGAGAAGAACAAGAAGCCCAGAAGAUUGAUGGAGGAGCCGCCGUGGAUCUACAGAGAUCAAAAUGACAUCAUCAGGAGCAUCGAUUUGAGCAAGAAGGAAAUAGCUAGAAUUAUAAUUAAAUCAAUGUAUUUUUGUGAUUAUCUGUUUCCUAUAUGUUCCCUUUUUCCUAAAAAUAAAAAAAUAUCUUCUAAGGUUUCAGGGUUCAUAAAGGAAAUUAAUUUAGCUAAAAACAAAUUUAUCAGUCAGUGUGGUUUUGCUGUGAUUGAACUAAAAGAUGGACCGCCUAUAUUGAUUGGACCCUUUAAGCCAGUUAAUGUUUCUGAGAAAAAAGAUAUGGUUCACAGUGAAGAGCAAUGUAUUCAUGAAAUGAAGAAAGAAAUUAAAGGAAAAGAGAAAAUGAUAAAAGCUAUAUAUAUAUUUACUAAAUAUAGUCCCUGCUUUUCUAGAAAAAAACGUGAUUCUUGUAUGAUCCAGUUAGUUAAUUUCUCUGAGGAAAUGUUCAGUUUUAAUAUAGAGGCUGUCAUCGCCUUCCAGGACUUUUAUGGUGCAUCAGGGAAUAUAGUUAAAGAGCUGAAGGUCCUGAUGAAUGAUUCUUCGAUUAAAAAAGCAUUACUGAAGUUAAAAGAAAACAUGUACGAAAAACACCGUAGAUCAACAUUUAUAUGUUUCCAUGAAAACAAAAAUACAAAUAGAAGUCAUGCUAUUAAAGACCAUAUUAAAACACAAAUGCUUAAACUUAACUCACUGGAAUGGAAAGAUGUAAGCCUUAUGUUACACUUUAUUUUAAUUGAAUUUCCCAGUAAUGAAAUGACAUUAGAUGCGUUCAAGAACUUUGGAAAACAACAGGCAGAUAAACUGAAAAUACGGCUUAAAAAACCUGAAAUUAGUGAAAACCUGAAUGUUAGCGAGGAAAUUAUAGAAAAAGCUCGUUCAUUUUUUUAUUCUAAGUGGUGUGAACUAGUUAAUGAAGAAUAUGAAGAGUUUAUCUAUGAGAAGCUCAGUGAUUACAUUAACAGCUUUGCAGUUACAUUCGCUUAUGAAGAUAUAAAGGCCAUCACAAAACACUUUCAUCUGGAAAGAGUAAAGUUAACCUUUUAAGCAAUCAUUUCCUUCAUUUGUAUUAGUGAGUGUUUCUCUGUAAUCGUCUUUAUAAAUCCACCUGAUAAAGACGAGAUGUCUCCAUCUAAAGACACUGACGCUGCUGAUCUCACUGUCUGUUGAUUGUCAUUCUCUCACAACAAACACACAACUGUCUUUAUUUAAUAAAUAUAUUCUUAUUUC